AUGCACACAGCCACCCAGUACUCGCCAUCCCGGCGACCGAGCGUCCCAUAUUCCGUCGGCGACUCGGACGAGGAGUUCUCGUCGCCGCCGAGCUAUUCGCCAAGGGACGAGUACAAUCCACCUCAAUUCUCCCGCGGAUACACCUCCUCCAUCUCUGGUAGCCCUACUUCACCUACCGAGACUGUCUUCUCAAACUACACCGUCUCUUCCGAUCUCACCGCCCCUCUUGCGUGGCAGGCUCCUUAUGAGAACGCUGGCAUCCUCGGGCGGCAGCUCGAUGAGCGCGCCCGUACUCCUGUUACGGGCCGUAUUCCUCUCUCCAUACCCGACGACUACUCGCGCCGUCCCUCUGCGGCGGACACCGAGAUCUCGGUCACCACCAAUUCGUCAACUACCUCCGACUCCAGUUAUACGACGAAUAUGUCGCAAGUUGCCCUCAUGGCAGACAUCUAUGGCCAUCUAGGCGCGUAUCCGACGGAGAAGCCUCAGCGUGGCCCCAAUCGCUUCCUCGAGGCACCUCCGCAAAUGAGACGCGUCAAGAGCGAAGUCUCCCCACUUCGUACGCACACUGUCGAAAACGUUCCUCCAGUCCCCACGGAUGUGAUCGUUGACGUUGUCGACAUCCCCGUCAUCGUGCCGUUUGAUUCGGAGGUCCCCGAAGUCACCCGUCAGAAGUCAUUCGACCGUGGUCGCGAGCGCGUGCAUCGACGGGACAGGAGUCACGCGCGCAAGGCUGAGGCCCAGCGCCCUCACUACGAUGCAACGGCACAUGAGCGCCACCCCAAGCAGAACCCCGCCGCGCCCGGUAAAGACCGCGGCUGGGAGACUCCACCUCGUUCUCGCACCACCUCUCGUGGUCGCCAUCACCCUGACCGUCGCAGGCAGACGCCAUACGUCGGGGAUCUCGCCCCGCCGCCUCUUCCUGGCCGCGGUCUCCCUGAUGAUGGUCAUGGCAAUUCUCGUGCCGCGGCUUUAUCGACCCUGACCAGGCAAGCGAGCGAGAACUGGUCGGCCAAGUCUGUACACGAACGCCAUGUAUCUCGGGUGUCUACCGUCGACGACCUCGAGGUAGAGACGCCGAGGAUCAGCACGUUCUCUUAUCGCACAGAGGCGUCAGUCUAUUCGACGCAGACCGUUAUCCCAUCUAGUUCGGGCGCCUCAUCGCGCCCUGCUCCGUCUGUGGCAGGCAGCCACAGCGCGCCCGCCGUGCCUCAAACCCAAACCCGUCGCCAUGUGCCAACUCCGGUUUACAUCCCACCUCCGCCUUCACCCCCCCACUCCGCUCAAACUGUUCUCUCUCGCACGCCCUCGGCAAGGUCGGCGCUGUCCCGUGCACCGUCGUACAAGACUGUCGAGUCCAACGAGCAAACUCGGUCUGGUUCCAUACGCCGCUUUCCCUCUCUCAAGAAGUCGAGCCCCAAGUCUACGAAGGGCGAUAUACGGGACUCGUGGAUCGACUUGGGGCCUGAGUCCGAGGCCAGCUUGAAGGAGUCUCUGCAGCGCAAGCAGGGGAAGGAUUUGCCUUUGACUCCUGAUCAGCGCGAGGUCUACGCGUACGAAGCUCUCAAGAGGCAGAAGCAGAGCGUCGAGCAUUUCAACCUUUACUCGAUUAAGGACAUCCAGAAGAUGCGCGAGGAGAAUUGUCUUCCUGAGACGCUCGCUUCAACCGUGGGUCCCUUGGCGUCUAGUUCUACUGUGAACCUCAGCUCCGCCCCAAGCAUCAAGUCGAGCAAGUCCGGCAAGCUUCUUGAGCGGUUCAGAGGCCGAAAGGACUCUUCGCGCUUGACGCCACCGAGCUCGUGA